UAUAUAUCUAUAUUGUAUAUUUGUAUGUAUAUUUAUCGUUUGUAUAUAUUUAUAAAUAUUACAGAUACGGACCAUUCAGCGCUCAUCAAGGAGACUGAACCUUUUGGUCCCGUUUAGUCCCGUUCACUCACUAGCUGGAGCAUCUUCAUCAUCCCCAUAAACAUAACUCUGCCUCACCAGAGCUCAAUCUCGCAGCUCUCUCUCUCUCUCUCUCUCUCUCUCUCUCACUCUCUCUCUCACACACACGCAAAACAUUACAUCCUCCAUACAAUAAAACCUACAUUCAAUUCUGUUCUCUUACUCCGCCGCUACAGCUCUACAUAUCUCCGCUGCGCUCAAAUCUAACUUGUUCUGUACGGUUUUGCAGCUACCCGGCUAAUUACCUCCGGCCGCUAUCCCAACAACUCACCAUUUUAACCUCACCUUCGAGAUAGGAUAACUACCUCAACUCACAACCCAGUUGCGUUCAUGUCGCAGCCAUGGGAUUACAUCGCAAAGCUUGUCUGUAUUGGUGAUUCCGGCACCGGUAAAUCUAGCCUCACCAUCCGACUCUGUGAAGGUCGUUUCUCCUCAUCCCACGAUGUAACAAUUGGCGUCGAAUUCGGCUCCCGCAUCGUCCCCGUCGGGCCGCCAGCCUCGGAUUCCCUUGGCAUAGACUUUGACCUUCCCUCUUCGUUGUCUACUGACCCAUCAUCUCACCUCCCGAUUAUCCCCCCGUCCCAAACAACCACCACUACUGCCGCUACAUCGACCCCCCAUGAUCCUACGACAUUAAUGAACGGAAGCGAUCCCUCGAAGCGAAAACCCCCCCAUCAACAGCCACAACCACCAUCCGGCCUGCCCUCCCCUCCCCGCAAACUACAAUCCCCACCCAUCCAAAAACGCAUGAAACUUUCCCUCUGGGACACUGCCGGCCAAGAAACCUACAAAUCAAUCACCCGCUCCUACUUCCGCGGCGCCUCCGGUGCCCUCCUAGUCUUCGACAUCACACGUCCCUCCACCUUUGCCUCCCUGACGCAAUGGCUGCAGGACCUGCGCCAGAUCGCCGAGGAAGGGAUCGUGGUCAUCCUCGUUGGCAAUAAGAGCGAUCUUGCUGCCCCUUCUCUAGCAGGGAGUAAUAGUGCUGAUGAUGGCGGUAAACCUCAGAAGGAAGCUAUAGUUACAAGAGAGGAAGCGGAGGCAUGGUGCCGAGCCAAUAAUAUUUCGCGGUACGUGGAGACGAGUGCAAAGUCUGGAGAAGGGGUUGAGAGGGCGUUCCUGGAGGUUGCAGAGCGGAUAUACCGGAACAUCGAGGCCGGGCGGUAUGACUUGAACGACCGGCGGAGUGGUGUUAAGGGAUUUGGAGCCACUGGGGGAGCGGGUGGUGCGGGGCGCGUGCAGAGGACGGUUACACUGGGCGUUAAUGAUGCGAUGGGGCGAGGCGGCGGUGGAUGUUGUUGAAUUUUUUUUUUUUUUUUUUUUUUUUUUUUUUUUUUUUUUUUUUUUUUUUUUUUUUUAGUUCUGCUCCUUUUAUUACCGCUCGCUGCUUUGGCCUAUUUCACUUUAUUGCCUUUCAAGAAACAGUUCCGGGUCAACGGGCUUGUUAUACCACUACCUCUUGUUUUACCACAUACGCCCCUCUGCCCCUCUGCCCCUCUGCCCCUCUGUUAUAUUAGUUGCGUCAUAUCUCUAUUUAAUAUUGUUUUCCUUCCUUCUUUUCUUUUGCCUUUACAUAAUAUUUCUUAUAGCAUAACUAUAUUCAUGUCUAGGGUAUUUUAAUAGGGGGUGUGAUGCUUAAUUAUCUUUUUCCAGGAGCAGUGUUAUCCGCUGAGCCUCCCUCCGAAGAAUCAAAAGACAACCAACCACCUCUUUCAACCCACUUUGUUAUUAGUGCUGUAUUAUGAUGUUCUACUUCACAUUCAAGUUUGUAGGAUUAGGUGAGCCCCAAUUUUAUUUGUAUUUUUUUGAAUCUCCUGUUCAUGACAUGGAAAAUAACAUUUCUUGU